GCAGAUCAGUCGUACGCGAACCACAAAGAAAAUCGCGCGCACAAUGAACAGCCUAGCGCGUAAACUUAUAACGAGUGAAUUAAAAAAAAUAAAAUGGCAAAGGAAACUCUCUAUCAGUGCGUCUUUGAGGAAGGACGAGGAUUUCAUCAUAAAGUCUUUUCUGCCGGAAAAGAAAAUUCCUGAUAUAAAACUGCUGGAUAGGGUUUGGAUGGAAUCCGCGGGAUUUAAAAAGUUUGUUGCAUUGGAAUGUGCCGAGACCAAAAAAUCGUACACAUACGAGCAACUUCAACACAACACGGACAUCUUCGCGACAUCUCUGCUAAAGAAGUUCGGCUUGAAGCAAGGCGACAUCGUGGCUAUCAUGCUACCCAACUGCCCGGAGUUCGUGGUGACAGCUCUAGGGAUUAUACAGGCGGGGUGCUCGAUGACCACUAUCAACCCUAUUUAUAAAGAAUUAGAACUCACCCAUCAGUUGUCUUUAACCAGACCAAAACUAAUCGUAACGAAAUCAAAAUGCUACGAAACAAUAAAAAAAGCAAUGCAUAAUGCUAAUCUUGAUAUGAGAAUUGUAAUAAAAGAUGACACAGAAACAGCUAUACCAAAUGGUACAGUCAGAUUCACAGAAGUAGCAGAAAAUGGUGAAAUAGAUAAUGCCCUAUUAGAAAGAGUAGAAAAACGCAAGCCUGAUGAUAUAGCGGUCAUUCCAUUUUCAAGCGGGACAACUGGUAUGCCGAAAGGAGUGGAGAUCACUCACAGGAACGCCAUUGCGGCUAUCGAAAUUAUGUCCGAGGAAAGAAAUUGCUAUCCUAUACUUGCGACUGAUUCGUUCCAAGAUGUAGUGCCAUGUAUUUUGCCAUUCUUCCACAUCUAUGGGCUAGUGAUUAAUCUACUUGGACAUCUGUCAAAAGGAUGCAAACUUAUAACCAUGCCUACGUUCUCAACUGGAUUGUUCUUAGAUAUUCUAAAGAAUAAAAAAGCCAGCCUUCUCUAUAUAGUACCUCCUAUUGCUGUCUUACUAGGUAAGCAUCCAGACGUGACUAACGAUCAUUUGAAACAUGUAAGACGAAUCACAAGCGGCGCCGCUCCAUUGUCCGCCACUGAUGUUCAAUUGGUGAUGGAAAAAAGUAACGGUAACAUAGCAUUCGGCCAGGGAUACGGAGCGACGGAGACGACAUCAUUGACUACAGCAACGCUGAUCGGUAGUGCUCCGGACUUCGCUGCCAGCGGGGUAAUAAUGUCCAACAUAGAACUGAAGUUCGUUGAUCCCUUGACUGGGAACCCUGUGCCGUGUGGAGAACAAGGAGAACUGUACGUCCGAGGACCCGUAGUCAUGAAGGGUUACCACAAGAACGAAAAAGCGACAGCAGACAGUUUGACAGAGGAUGGCUUUUACAAAACCGGCGACUUGGGCUACUACGACAAGGAUGCUGGGCUAUAUGUCACGGACAGAAUCAAGGAGCUUAUUAAGGUUAAAGGUCUCCAAGUAAUGCCAGCAGAAUUAGAAGGCAUUCUUCGAUCUCAUCCAGCCGUCGCCGACGCAGCGGUCAUUGGCAUUCCACACGAAUAUCAUGGAGAAGCACCCAGGGCCUUUGUUAUACCUAAAAACGGAUUCAAACUCUCAGAAGAAGAACUACAAAGCUUCGUAGCGGAGAAGGUGGCGCCGUACAAGAAGAUAGAAGAAGUAGUGUUUGUAAAUGAUAUACCAAAGACGAAUACGGGGAAGAUUUUGAGAAGGGAGUUGAAGAAAAUGUACGCGUGAGGCGUGGAGGUGAGAUUUUAUUAGUGAGAUAACAUAGGUGCUAGGCUUUUAGCUAAAAUUGUAAUAGUUAUUCAAAUAUAAAAGGUCGAAGCACGUCAUAUAAUAGAUUUAAGACACUGCCAAGAACCCGCUAGGUGUGUUAAUUUUUUAUUGGAGAUGGGGUGCUUGGCACUGAAAGUGUGUUUUUCACAUUGUCCGAUCCGAUAUCGGGUGUCGGAUACGACUACAAAAAGAAGCAAAAGUAAAACCUUUGAGGGGUGAAUAUAUGUAGGUCAUACCCAUAACCCCAAAAUAUCAGCAGCCGAAAAAAAUAUCAGCUGUUAGAAAGCACUGACCGAAAUGUAUCAGACGGCAGCAUUUUUUUUCGCGAUUUUUGGGUUGGCUUCAUAGUAAAAGUUGUUAAGUAUGACAUAUGUAUUCACCCCUCAGUUUGGUUAGUGGUAAAGCACCCUGUAUAAAAAUUGAUACCAUAGGGUAUUUACUAGCAGCGGUUUUUCUCGGAAAGUCCUCCGACAUUUGAUAUCGGAUCGGACGAUGUGAAAACGCUCUAACGAUUUUGUUCGCCAUGCGUUCGUGUAGUUAUUAUUGGGGUUUUGUGGGCCUUUGAGUGCCACGUCGACCAAGCAGUGAUCUAUUGUGACGGCCCGUUAAAAUUCAUUACUAAUGCCCGUUGAAUCCAGGAAAUUCCAGAUCCUUUGGGCCGUAAUGUUCUGUACCUCAUAGGGUAGCAAUACGUGCCUCCUAAGUAGGUAUUUCUUACCGAGAAAUGAGAAUGUGCAUUGUAGUCUCCUCUGACUCCUGGCAGAACCUGCCUGUCGCAUCUUUUUUCUUUCGUGUAGUUACCUAAUUGGUGUAUUCAUAAUUAUAAUUCUUGUUUAGGGUCUUUAUCCACUUAACCCAGUGUACCCUUGAAUUUUGUGGCGCUCGUGGGCACGUUCAGGGUUAAUGAAGUUAGGCAUCUACUAGCAUUAAGUUAUUUAAACUUUUUGUUAAAAUUAUAACCGUAAAAUGCCUACUUUGCUCCAAAAUUUGCUACAAUAAUCCAAAUUUCAAAUAAUUUUAUUCUGGUAUAUCAGGGGGCUAAAAAGGGGGAUGAAAAUUUGUAUGGGGUGAAAUUUUAUUUUUAUCUAGGAACUUGAAACUUCGUAAAUGUAAAAUACAAGAAAAUUAAUAUUUUCGAAAAUUCAUCUCCUAAGAGAACUAAAAAGGGUUUGAAAGUUUAUAUUGGAGUUGCACGCGUACAAAGGCUACGGAGACUGCUUACCAUCGGGCGGGCCGUAUGCUUGUUUGCCACCGACGUAGUAUAAAAAAAUAUAUUGGAAUCGAAUUAAUGGGUAUAAAGUUUGCUCUCAAAUUUAGGUCACUACUUUAUCAGCGGGUAGGUAUAUACGGUCACGUCUGAAAAUAUCGAUACGGACAAAGUGCCAAAAUUAUGUAUACACUACCCUAGUAUAUGGGCCAUAAGGUCAUGUAUACAUAUUUUUGGCACUUCGAUCGGGUCGAUGUUUUCAGACGUGACUGUGCAAAAGAUAUACCUUAAUUUAUGUAAAAAACAUGAUUAAAAUGAACUCAUUCAAUGGGUGACUGUAAAUAUAUUAUAUGUAUAUUAUAAGCUGGGAAUUCAAUUUGAAAUUACAUUUUAAAAUAUCGUCUGUGAUCUAAUGCCUGCUUUUGUUUGAGUUUUAUACCGAAGUUAUUUUAUGAAGUUUGGUGUUGUAUAUUAAAUUUUAUUAAACGUUUUAGAAAAUUAUUA